CUAUUUACCUUUCGUCCGGAUAUUGCGUGACGUAGUGAGUCGCGCAGUUGCGGAGGAUCGGGCAGAAGGAGGUCGAACGCUCACCGUUUGGCUGGCCGGGAAGGGGGGCCCCGUGGUAGAGGUGACCGGAGCUGAGCAUUUCAGAUCUUGCUUAGUAAACCGGUGUAUCACCCACCAUGCUGGCUGCAAGGUUUGUGUGUCUCCGGACACUACCUUCCAGGGUUUUCCAGCCCACUUUCAUCAGCAAGACCUCUCCACUUGUGAAGAAUUCCAUCACGAAGAACCAAUGGCUCGUAACACCCAGCCGGGAAUAUGCUACCAAGAUAAGAGUUAGGACCCACCGUGGGAAGACUGGGCAAGAACUGAAGGAGGCAGCUUUUGAACCAUCAAUGGAAAAAGUCUUUAAAAUUGAUCAGAUGGGGAGGUGGUUUGUUGCUGGAGGAGCGGCUGUUGGUCUUGGAGCACUGUGCUACUAUGGCUUGGGAAUGUCUAAUGAGAUUGGAGCUAUCGAAAAGGCUGUAAUUUGGCCUCAGUAUGUGAAGGAUAGAAUUCAUUCUACUUACAUGUACUUAGCAGGGAGUAUUGGUCUAACAGCGUUGUCUGCCUUGGCAGUAGCCAGAACACCUGCUGUCAUGAACUUCAUGAUGAGAGGCUCUUGGGUGACAAUUGGUGCAACCUUUGCAGCCAUGAUUGGAGCUGGGAUGCUGGUACAGUCCAUACCGUAUGAGCAGAGCCCUGGCCCAAAGCACCUGGCUUGGAUGCUGCAUUCUGGUGUGAUGGGUGCAGUGGUGGCUCCUCUGACUAUCUUAGGGGGGCCUCUUCUUCUGAGAGCUGUAUGGUACACCGCUGGCAUUGUGGGAGGCCUCUCUACUGUGGCCAUGUGUGCACCCAGUGAGAAGUUUCUGAACAUGGGAGCACCCCUGGGAGUUGGCCUGGGUCUUGUUUUUGUGUCUUCACUGGGGUCUAUGUUUCUUCCCCCUACUUCAGUAGCUGGUGCCUCUCUGUACUCAGUGGCAGUGUAUGGUGGAUUAGUUCUUUUCAGCAUGUUCCUUCUGUAUGAUACUCAGAAAGUAAUCAAACGUGCAGAAAUAACACCAAUGUAUGGAGUUCAAAAGUAUGAUCCCAUCAAUUCGAUGUUGACAAUCUACAUGGAUACAUUAAAUAUAUUUAUGCGAGUUGCAACUAUGCUAGCAACUGGAAGCAGCAGGAAGAAAUGAAGUGACUACUUGAAGUGUCUCUGCUCACUGAUGUCUUGCUUGCUUAAUAGGAGCAUGUAGUCAUUACAUUUGCACCGUCAGAACUCCUUGAAGUGUAGACAAUAACUUGCCACUACGUUUAAAAUGUUCAGUAAUGUGACCCUUCAGGCCUGUUUUUUCUUUUAGAGAAUAAAUUCAGUAGAUGUCUUUCAAAUA